AUGCACCCCCGAUCUUCCAUUCUGGAGCCUCAACAGCGUCAAAGGAUCGAGGAAAGGAUCGAUCGCGAUGCAAGGCUGGUAUGGGCGAACGGGAGGUGGGUGUUCAAGAAGCGGGUGAGUGAACUUCUUUUCGCCUCGAUGUCUGGAACUCGGGAGGCGGGCAAGCUGACUAGGUUUCUUCAAUGGGUUCUUCGCAGGUGCUCGAAGGCAGCGCAACAUUGGCUCCGAAAGCCAGGACAUUAUCAUCGACUAUCAACACGUCCAAAUUCACUCCACCUACCCCUCGGGCACCAGCACCUCGAACCGAGUGUGCUCGCUCUAAUCCGCGUUCCCAACACGCCAUCACCGCCGCGAGACGCCGCCGUCGCGCGAGGUCUCGUUCUCGACGCAAGUCUACCCCUUCCACUACAACUCAAUCGCCUACUCGAAAUGAGUCUACACCUCCUCCAAAAGGGGUGAUUAGGCCUUCGAGAAACUUGAUCGAGGCCGUUCCAAAAGGUGCCGAUCCGAUGCGGCCCGCUUUGUCGAAAUCUCUUACCGCUGCCGAGCACGAAUCGACCACGUACCAGGUGCGGACGAUACGAGCUGCGAAGGUGACAACCACGGCGAAGCAAUCCUCCCCAGCAGCUACCCGAACUACUGUACUCCCUAAAGUCGCUCUUCGACCCGUUCCCCCCACCUCCCACGUCUCUUCGUUCUUCGACUCGAACCGUUCCCACCUCGCGCGCGCCGAACUAGCACCAACACGACCUCCUAUUCCCUCCCGCUCUUCCGCGCCGCCCGAGCUCUCAUCCAACCCCGUUCCCCAACCCGAUACCGCUCAAAUCAACCCUCGUCCAUGCGCAUCAAGGACGACUCAAAUCCUUCAUUCCCAACUCGCGCAUCUGCGCACGACCUGGACUCAUCAAAGACGUCUCCAUCUACUCCAUCAUCUCCUUCACCACUCCCACUACCCCCUUUCGAACCCCCACCGCGCCGGACGACUACUGCACGAACCUCCAUCCUCUCCACCGACGCUCUCUUCUCUAGCUUGCCUUUCCCCUCGAACCCAAGUCCAACUCCCCUCGAGCUCAACGAGUUUCUACAAACUUUCCUGGGCCGCUUAUCAAAAGUUGUACAAUACCGGUGUUUCGGGCAAGACGUUGAGUAAGGCGGAGAGGUUGUUCCGAGCGUGUGGGAGGGAAGUGUUUUUGCAAGGGAUGAGGACGGGAUGA